UCAUUUGUCAAUGUCAAAAGGUCAAUCCACCGGUUCCUUACGUUUACAUUUUUGAUAAACAUCUUUUAUCUAAAUAAUUGAUAAAGUUUAUCAAUCUAUAGUAUCUGAUUUUAAUUGCAAUUCAACUAUAGGCUACUCCAUCGCAAUGUCCACAACUCACAUAUUUAAUGUUGAGAUGACCUGUGAGGGUUGUUCAGGAGCUGUAGACAGGGUGCUUGGAAGACUAAAAGGUCAAGGAGUGGACAGUGUCUCUAUCUCACUACCAGAGCAGAAAGUGUCUGUGACAUCAACACUCAGUUCAGAUCAACUACUUGAAGUUAUAAAGAAAACGGGGAAGAAGACCACCUAUGUUGGUACUGAAUAAAUAAUGUUACUUUUCAAUUAAAAAGACAGGAUAUUAAGAUAAAUUAAUUUUAUGGAUCUUUUUCUAAAAUAUUGUCACAAGAGUUGAACAUCUUGUAAUAUCAGUCUUACAUUGUUUUAACUAUCCAAAGCUAAAUAGUUAUUAUUGGCAGUAGGUAAUGAUCAUGUAUUGUUCUAAACACCUGAAUAUAAAAAGCCUAAGAUUUUUAAUACUUGUGCCAAUAUAGUAGCAUUUUGAAUUGGAAGCCCUAAAAGUGCUUCUGAAAGAUAAUAAAAGUAAUCUUAUAUUAUUAUCUUGUAUAACUAAUCUUUUUAUUGGUUAUUAUAGCUUAUUGAUAAAUAAUAAUCAUGAUUGUUACAUUU